CCAAUCAUCAAGGAAUUUGAUGAUCGUUUGAUAAAUUGAAACUCUUUGGAGUGGGUAGUGAUGGAUGACGAGAGACGGGUACUGUGUCCUGAGAACCAAGAUUUAGCGGCUUAUGUGUUGCAGAAGAAGCAAGAACACGCAGAAAAACCCAAAGGUUUGUCGGAAAAUCUGGAGAGGACAUUUGUUAAGGCGUAUAGGAAUGUCUGCGACGCCAAGGAUCCAUUAACACACUCAAAGACUUGUCGCAGAUCAAGGGCUUUGGCAAGCGUGCUGGGAAAAAGGCUAAUGGAAAAAAAACGGUACAUUCCGCAAAGAAAUUCUGUGGGCUAUGCAUUACUAAUAACGUUGCACAGGAGGACUACAAAUGGGAAAGAAUUCAUGCGUAAACAAGAGCUUAUUGAUGCUGCUGACGCGAGUGGGCUCUCACACUCUCCUGUUGGGCCAGAGAAAGGAAAAGGGAAAGCAGGACUUGGACACUCUAAGAGGGAGUGGUAUAGUGGAUGGAGCUGCAUGACCACACUUAUACAGAAGGGAUUAGUGGUGAAAUCUAGCAACCCAGCAAAGUACAUGCUGACAGUAGAAGGUCGGGAAGUUGCAAAUGAAUGUAUCGUGCGAUCUGGAUUACCUAAUUCAGUUGACAUCUUAUCUGAUGAUGGAAUUUAUCCUACACCGCAAGCACAGAAAACACCUAACCAAAAUCCUACCUGUUCUUUUACCAUGAGAGAAGAACAGCCAUAUGUCGAUCCCAGAUCUAGGGCACAAUCAGCCAUUCCAAGCGAUAUUCUUGAAAAGUUUACACGUUUGGUUAUUCAAAGGAACAAGUCGUUGCUGCAUUCAGAGAGGUUUCAGAUGGAUCUGGGACAAAGAUCCAUCAACUCUCUGGCUCUCGUAAUGUUGCCAUCUUCGUCAAGCAGAGAAGUUCCGCUCUGCAAUGAUGGACCCACCUUAAAUCCAUGUACAUCCGGAUCGAGUCAUGCUGUGAAAGCCUGCUCAUCUUCUUUGGUAUCAGAUGGAACCAAAGGAAUAACAAAUGUUCCACGCCUCCCUCCUCUUCAAUUUGGAGAAACGUUUGAGGAAGCAUAUGAUGUGAUCUUGAUAUUGGAUGAUCGAGAAAAGUUUGCCACUAAGGGAUCACGAUCCAGGAAUAUAGUUGAUAACAUAUGCUCUGAAUUCAAUAUCAAGAUUGAGGUUAGACGAUUACCAGUCGGGGAUUGUAUCUGGAUUGCUCGGCAUAAGUACUUUGAGACUGAAUAUGUUCUGGACUUUAUUGCUGAGAGGAAGAACGUGGAUGAUAUGCGCUCAUCAAUUAGAGAUAAUCGCUACAGAGACCAAAAACUUAGACUUCAGAGAUCGGGAUUCAAGAAGCUCAUAUAUAUUCUUGAAGGGGAUCCAAACCAUUCUGAUGCAGCAGAAAGCAUUAAAACAGCUUGUUUCACGACAGAGAUUCUGGAGGGAUUUGAUGUGCUGAGGACACAAGGGCUGGGUGAGACGCUAAGGAAAUACGGCUACCUCACGAAAUCAAUAUAUCAAUACUACAAGUUACGGGUGAAUGAUAAUGACCAGAGCAAAGUCGCAGCCUCGUGUCCUUCUUUUGAUAGUUUUGUCAAAAGGUGUCAAGACCUUGAUAAAAUGACAAUCAGCGAUGUAUUUGCCAUUCAGCUUAUGCAGAUCCCGCAGGUGACGGAGGAAAUUGCCAUAGCGGUUCUUGAUAGUUACCCAACGCUUUUGUCUCUUGCUUCUGCGUAUUCUCAUCUAGAAGGGAAUGUCUCUGCGCAAGAAGAGAUGUUGAGAAAUAGAAGUAACAAUGUAAUCUGUGCAUCAGCUAGUAAGAAUAUAUUCAAGUUAGUCUGGGGUGAAUGAAUUAUUACUCUAUUAUGUGUUCUUUUGAGCUUUUGUUGUCUAGAGAGAGACCUGAAACAUGCUUUAUUUGUUUCUCUUUAUUCUUUACUAAGUUAUCUUUUCAGUCUAUUCUUCUGCAUUCCAACAACAGCUCAAUAAUUCAUAGUUGUAUUU